CGGUAGGAGGCGGGUCCGCGCCUGGUGACAUCACCGCGCAGCCGGGCGGCCGUCGGAAGCAUGUGUUUGGGAGCCGGAGCCGAGGCCGCGUCCCUGGCGGUGUCGCGCGCGAGCUUCCGGGAGCUUCCGGCGGCUUCAGGGUGUCCGGGGCCCGCGAUGCCUCCGCCGCGAGUCGUCGUGGGCCUGUGGGCCGCGUGGCGGCCGCUGUUCCGGGGCCGGCUCCUGCUGGUCACCAACACGUUGGGCUGCGGGGCGCUCAUGGCGGCGGGGGACGGGGUGCGCCAGGCCUGGGAGCGCAGGCUGAGCGAGGGCGCCUCCGGGCAGCCCCGGCCGAUGGACCUGCGCCGCACCGCCCGGAUGUUUGCGAUGGGUUGUAGCAUGGGCCCCUUCCUGCACUACUGGUACCUGUGGCUGGACAAACUCUUCCCCGCCAUGGGAUUUAAAGACAUUCGAACCAUCGUGAAGAAGGUGCUCAUUGACCAGCUGGUGGCAUCCCCUGUCCUGGGCGUGUGGUACUUCCUAGGGCUGGGCUUCUUAGAGGGACAGAGCCUCGAAUGUUCUUACCAGGAGAUGCAGGACAAGUUCUGGGAGUUCUACAAGGCUGAUUGGUGUGUGUGGCCAUUAGCUCAGCUGGUGAACUUCCUUUAUGUGCCUGCCCAUUACCGAGUGAUGUAUGUGAACAGCAUGACACUGGGCUGGGAUACCUACCUCUCCUACCUGAAGCACCGGGACCACCUCCCACACUGACUAAGACACUAGGAGGAGUGAAGCACUUGGCAGUGGCAUCACAGCAGGCCCAUGCACGGGCAUUUCGGACUGGGCUUGGAGCGAGGCAGUCACCACCAGCUCUCUGAACACAACUGGACCCUAGAAACCUAAUC